AUGGUGAGCCGAAGGGGUUGGGGGGGGAACAGAGGGCGGCGGGGGCGGUGGGGAGACCUGGGGCUAGGAUCAGUGCCCCUCCUUCCCAUGCCACCACCUCUUCCUCCUCCACCUCCACGUUGGGGGUCUGGGGGUGGGAGGAUCUCUGUCUUCCCUCUGUCCCCAGCCCCUCACACAAGAAGCUCCCCCUCCUCACUUCUUGCACCGGCCUUGGGCUCCUCUGGCCCAGUGACCCAGGUGCCAGAGGUUUCUCAGCCUUGCCACAGUGCUCUUUCCACCCCCACACGGGCGGUGCAAGCUGCUAUGACACCUACCUCUGCUUCCCCGUCCUGGGGAUCCCACUCCACCCCGCCCCUGGCCUCGGUGAUGCCCCCUCCCUCCCGCCGAUGCUCUCAGGAUCCUCCUGGGCUUCGGAUAGGCCCUCUGGUCCCAGAGCAGGACUAUGAGAGGCUGGAGGACUGUGACCCUGAAGGGUCCCAAGAUUCACCCCUCCAUGGAGAGGAACAGCAGCCGUUGCUUCAUGUGCCCGAAGGGCUCCGGGGCUCCUGGCAUCACAUCCAGAACCUGGACAGCUUCUUUACCAAGAUCUACAACUAUCAUCAGAGGAAUGGCUUUGCCUGUAUCCUGCUGGAGGAUGUCUUCCAACUGGGACAAUUCAUUUUCAUCGUCACCUUCACGACCUUCCUCCUGCGCUGUGUGGAUUACAACGUCCUCUUUGCCAACCAACCGAACAACCACACUAGAUCUGGGCUGCUCCACAGCAAAGUGACCUUGUCUGAUGCCAUCCUGUCCUCGGCCCAGUGUGUCCAGCAGAUCCGAUCCAGCCCCAUGCUGGUCUUCCUAUUGACCCUGGCUGCAGGCUUCUGGCUGUUCCAGCUGCUUCGCUCAGUCUGCAACCUUUUCAGCUACUGGGACAUCCAGGUGUUUUACAGGGAGGCCCUGCACAUUGCCCCGGAGGAACUCAGUUCCCUGCCCUGGGCAGAGGUGCAGUCUCGCCUUCUAGCGCUGCAGGGGAGCGGGGGGCUGUGCGUGCAGCCGCGGCCCCUGACGGAGCUGGACGUCCACCACCGUAUCCUGCGCUACAUCAACUACCAGGUGGCCCUGGCCAACAAGGGCCUGCUGCCCGUCCGCAGCCCGCUGCCCGGCGGAGGGAGUGUGGCCUUCCUGAGCCGAGGCCUGGCGCUCAACGUCGACCUUCUUCUCUUCCGCGGCCCCUUCUCGCUCUUUCGCGGCGGCUGGGAGCUGCCCGACGCCUACAAGCGCAGCGAGCAGCGGGGCGUGCUGCUGGCCCGCCAGGCCGUCUUCUACGCCGGCGCGCUCUUCGCCGCGCUGCUCGUGCUCACCGUCUACGACGAGGACGUGCUCGCCGUGCAGCACGUGCUCACCGCCAUGACGGCGCUCGGGGUCGUCGCCACCGUGGCCAGGUCCUUCCUGCCCGAGGAGCAGAGCCAGGCCCGCUCGGCGCAGCUCCUCCUCCAGGCGGCCUUGGCCCACAUGCACUACCUGCCCGAAGAGGCCGGCGCCUCCGGCAAAGCCGGCUCCUAUCGGCAGAUGGCGCGGCUGCUGCCAUAUCGGGCGGUGUCCCUCCUGGAGGAGCUCCUGUCCCCUCUCCUCACCCCGCUUUUUCUCUUCUUCUGGCUUAGCCCUCGUGCCCAGGAGAUUAUUGAUUUUUUCCAUCACUUCACAGUGGAUGUGGCCGGGGUUGGGGACAUCUGUUCCUUUGCCCUCAUGGAUGUGAGGCGCCACGGCCACCCUCAGUGGCUCUCGGCAGGGCAGACAGAGGCCUCGCUGGCUCAACGUGCAGAAGACGGGAAGACGGAGCUGUCCUUAAUGAGGUUCUCCCUGGCACAUCCUCAAUGGCGCCCCCCGGGGCACAGCUCUAAGUUCCUCGGGCAUCUCUGGGGCCGAGUUCAACAAGACGCAGCUAGCUGUGGGGCCACUUUGGCCCGCAGUUCCUCCAUUCCUGGGCUGCUCAGCGAUUCCACUUCAUCUUCACCAGAGGCCUUCCUAGCCAACUUCCUGGUGCACCCCCUCCUGUCCCCAAUGGAUCGGAGCCCCACAGCUCCCUGCCCGGCUGCAGCCACAGCCAGCCUUCUGGCCUCCAUGUCCCGUAUUGGCCAGGACCCAAGGUGUGUGUCCCCAGUCAGCCCUGGGUGCCAGAAGCUGGCCCAGCUCCCUGACCUUGCUUCUGCUGAGAUGAGUCUCCAUGCUAUCUACCUCCACCAACUUCACCAGCAGCAGCAGCAGGAACCGUGGGGAGAGGCUUCAGCCUCUUCCCUCUCAAGGCGCUGGUCCAGCCCCUCACAUCCAGUCUCACCUGAUGAGGAGAAGCCAUCCUGGUCGAGUGAUGGCUCCAGCCCUGCCUCCAGCCCCAGGCAGCAGUGGAGAACGCAGAGGGCUAGGAGCCUGUUUCCUGGAGGGUUUCAGGAGACCCAUCAGGAACCUGGUCAGACCCCUAGUACUGACUAAAACACUGCCUCAAGUCUCCUAGGUUCGGCAGCGACCGGAAACUGGAAGACACACCAAGCCCUUUUCAGAGCCUUCCCCCACCCACACACUGCCGACCCAGGGAUGCCAUAGUUGGGCAGGUCCAUGAGGAACUUGCCCCAGAGAGCACUGAAGAGUCAGGAGAUACCAAAAGCCCUGGAAACAAGUCCUAGAGAUGGUCCACACACCUGAGGGCGUGGGGAAGGCAGCAGGGAAGGACUCUUCACUAGUUAAAAGCAUGCUCAAGGCAGAGGAUAGGUAGGGGCCAAGGUGGAAGCCAAACUAAUUUCAGGGAAAUGAGGUCCAGGACCUGCCAGAUCUUGCCUCUCCUUCAGGUCCCCAUGGACUUCUGUGUGUGUGGGUGGGUGAGGGGGCGGAGUGGACCCUUAAGAGUGGUGUUUUGCAGUUUACAUUGCUGUGAUGUCUUAGGAAGUGGGUGGGGUUCAUCCUGUGUGAAAUCAGUAAAGACUCUUUGCAUA